ACCAUAUGAUGCAAGGUGCAUAACUCUGGCACCAAUUUUUCAUUAAUUACUCCCUCUUUGUACUUAGAAUUUUAGGUUAAAGUUUUAAUGCACUUUCACUCUGUCUCUGUUAUUACUGAAUGGAUUUGAUUCAAACUUAAAAUAGUUGUUCAACAACAUCACCCACACAAGGUGCAUAACUCUGGCACCAAUAUUUAAUGAAUUAUGCCCCUUUUUGCUUAGGAUAUACUUAUAUAGUGUUUUGAUAGAUUUUAUUUUUUCCUGUCUUAUUACUUUAAGUUGACAUUUUUGACAUAGACUCAGGCUAUUGUGUAAUAUCUUCAUCCACAAUUGGAGUCAUUAAACACUCCAGUGACAGCUCUAGUUUCCUCAGAUGUGCCCAGUUUCACUAUCCACCAUCGAAAUAGUCGAACGCGCUGUCUCCUGUGACAGCUCUUGUAUUAUUUCCCUUUACUCAAUGUUUUGUUCUGGGGCAUAACUAAAAUAUCACAAUUAUUUAUUCAAACUGCAUGCAAAUUCAGCAAGUUCAUUUUAAGAACCAUAACGUUGAAUGCCAAUUUAUUUAAUUAUCUCCCUUUACCAAGGUCUUGUUGAUUUAGUCCACAUUCUGACAACCGCAAGUACUUAUGGUUUUACUGAUUCCUUGUUUUUAAUGAUUUACAAUAUUUCUUUUGCAGAUUGACAAUAAGGAUCACCUUAAAACAAUAGAAAAACUAAGAGAUGAAGUAAAAAAGUAUGCAGUAAUGGCCGCUAAUCAUAAGGCUCACUCUGGUGAGAACGAAAGUCAGCAGAAAAAAUCCAGUAGGACUGCUAAGCGACCACUUGAGAAUGAAAGGGAGCCCUUGGUGGAUGAAAGUGAGCAACCAAGCAAGAAAGUAAAGUUCUCUGUUGGUGAAAAAGUUUGGGCAUUGUAUAAGGAUGGACAUUCCUACAAGGCCAGGAUUAUAAGGAUUAACAAAAAUUCCUACAGAGUGAAGUAUAUUCAAGAUGGAGUGGUCCAUGAUGUGGAUGGUGAAGGACUCGUUACUUAUGGUUGAAUUACCUGAAUUACCAGAAAUUUUCAUCUUAUGAACACAAUAGAGAUGUUAGAUCUUAAUCAAACUUGCACUUGUAUCAAUCCUUACGAGAACCAGUCAGAUUCCAUAUUACAAAAUCCUAUGAACUGAUUUUAUGUCAAAUUAACUCCCUCUGUUUCAAAUUAAAAUAGGUAUGUCCCAGUAACUAAUGAAGAUGCUGAUUUGAAAACUAUCAGGGGAGAAUAAUUAACUAUUACAAAUAACCUCACUUUAUUUUUAUGUUUUUAUAUAUAUUGCAUGCAUGACCAUCUUGUUUUUCUGUGCUAGCAUCUUUUAUACUUUGUAAUACCAUUUUGUAAUUUCAUCCAGUUUUGUGAGGCAUAGUUUUAUUUGAUUUUUGAACUGGUUGUGACUUUGGGUAGAUUGACGGGGGCAGUCUGUCGCGUCCAUUACCUCCCUUUGUUUCAAAUUAAAAUACUAGGUUUAUUUCAGUAAGUAAUAAAGAUGUUUUGAAAUUUGAUUUAUACCCUGGGAUGGACUCGGACAAUCAGGGUACAUAACUAUGGACU